UGUUUUAGUUGCAGACCAGCACAGAACAGAGAGUUCGUAAAAAGUAAAAAACCAAAAUUUAUAGUUGUGAAAAUUGUACCGAACAUUUCAAUAUUUUUUGUUACUAGAAAAAAAAUCUUUGAUUUUAUAUAUUGCUUUCAAAUCCAAAUUCGUAGUUUCUAAAUAAUUAAAUCAAAAUGAAGCAUAUGCGACGCAACACGGUCCGUAACGUUCUGGACCUGACCCGUAUGGUUAGAUUGACGAAUGUACGAUUUGCCUGUGGUGCUGAAAGCUCUGGUGGCGGUGGCAAGGGUCUUGUGUUGGGCAUUUAUAUGAAGGAAGGCGACAAGGAGCCUAAAUUUACUGCGUCCGCUGAGAAGAUCAACGAUCGCGUUGGUGGAAAAUUAAGGCAGCUCGUCUGUGAGACUCAAAUCGAUGGACGCUUGGGUCGUGGACGUGUGUUUAACAAUGUGGAUCCGGACUUUAGCUCGGUGGCCGUUGUGGGAGUGGGAAUCGAGGGAAUUGGCUUCAAUGAGCUGGAGAUGCUAGACGAGGGAAUGGAGAAUGUACGUGUUGCAGCUGGAGUGGGUGCCCGAUCAUUGCAAUUGCAGGGCUGCCACACAAUCUCCGUUGAUGCUAUGGAUUAUGCCGAACAGGCGGCUGAAGGAUCAUCUCUGGGCGUUUGGAGAUUUACCGAUAACUUGGCGAAGAAGAAUCGUCUUGUGGUGCCGAGACUCGAGCUUUAUGACUCCCCAGAUAUGGAUGGUUGGACUCGAGGCAUUUUCAAGGCGGAAUCUCAAAAUCUAGCGAGGCGACUCUCAGAUGCACCGGCCAACUGCAUGACACCUACGAUGUUCGCUCAGGCGACAGUGGAUGCGCUUUGUCCCUGCGGAAUUACGGUAGAGGUCCGGACGAUGGAUUGGAUCGAAAUGCAGCGCAUGCAUGCCUUCCUCAUGAUCGCCAAGGGCAGCUGCGAACCGCCCGUUCUGCUCGAGAUCAGCUACUGCGGUACUGCGCCCGAGGACAAGCCCAUACUGUUUGUCGGCAAGGGCAUUACCUUCAACUCGGGUGGCAUCAAUCUCCGUCCCUGCGAGGGCAUGGAUGAGUACCGUGGAAGCAUGUCGGCGGCUGCCGCAAUCAUUGGCAUGAUGCGUUGCGUUGCGGCCCUCUCGCUGCCCAUUAAUGUGACUUGUGUUAUCCCCCUGUGCGAGAAUAUGCCAUCGGGCAUGUCUGCGAAGCCCGGUGAUGUGGUUACAUUGCUGAAUGCCAGAUCCAUGGCAAUUCGCGAUGUUGACAAGGCCGGUGUCGUGGUUAUGGCCGACCCAUUGCUCUACGGCCAGACAACAUACAAGCCGCGCCUAGUGGUGGAUGUCGCUACCUUGGGCAUGGGAGUCAAGAAAGCCUAUGGAGGUGGCGCCUCUGGCAUCUUCUCCAACUCUCACUACAUCUGGAAGCAAUUCCAGCGAGCUGGAUCCCUGACGGGUGAUCGCGUCUGGCGCAUGCCACUGUGGCAGUAUUACAAAAAACAAGUUACAGACGAGACUGGAUAUGAUCUGAGCAACGAUGGUCGUGGUGAAGCAAGUUCUUGUCUAGCCGCUGCCAUCCUCCAUGAGCUGGUUCCUUGCGCGGAUUGGGCUCACAUUGACACGCGCGGAACUGGCUUGCUGACCACCUACGGCUUAGUCCCAUACCUGACUGCCAGCUACAUGACUGGACGCCCGACUAGAACUCUAGUGCAGUUUGUCUACCAGAUGGCGUGUCCCGAAGUGAAGUGAAAAGUUUUUGUUUUGUAUUACCUUUGCAGAUAUAACGUAAAUAAAAUGACAAUAUUUUUGUUCGAUAUUUCUUCAUAAA